AUCACCAACACGGCCUUCCACAGAAACUAAGACUCCCUCAGCAGCUGAUAUUUCUCUGGGACAGACUUUGGAGAAUGCAGACUUGCUUCAGAUGAUAAAAACAACGCUGACUGGCGCACGUACCAGGACUUUGGAUCAGAUGCACCUGUCACCCUCCCUCUAUCAAGGCAGUGGGAACAGUGCACCCCAGGAACCCGCUGAGGUUUCAGCCGAAUCGCCUCUGAGGCCGUCGUCUCAAGACACAGAUGACACAGCUGCUCUAACAGCAUCAGCGAAAACAACUAGGCUUCCCCCCUCCGCAGUGGAACUCACCCCAGCUCCUCCCGACACCACGGCAGCAGCCGCUUUCGCUAACAUGACGGCAGCUCCCUCCCUGGAUUGCCGGCUCUCUGCCAACAUGAUGCUGAAAACAGUUCUGUUUCUGAACACAAGGAGGAUGAUGAUCAGCAAUGCCUUCAGGGAGAGUGUGAGAAAAGGCCUCAACCAAGUGCUGAGACAAGCUUUCAACCAGAACGUCAGCGCUCAGGUGGAAAUCCUGGAGCAGUCGAGUAACCUCACGGUUGGUUACUACGUGACGAGGGGCAGGCUGGUUUUCACGCCGGCCGCGGUCACUGAGAAGCUGCUCGCCUACGGCAUCGGCAACGCCACGGCAGACAUGAAGCAGCAUGUGCCACACCUGCAGGCUGUGGUGGCCCUGGCCCUGCCCUGGCAGCCCCUGCCUGCCUACCACUUCCAGCUGAAGACGGAGCUGCAGUUUGUGGGCCAAACUGACAAUAUUCAAUCAUGCAAAUUUGUUCAGACCAUGGAACAGAGACUCCAAAGGGCAUUUCAGGAUGCUGAAAGAAAGGUCCUCAACACCAGCAACAACUUAACUGUUCAGAUAUUGAACACCUCCAACGUCUCCCAAGCUGUCACUCUGUUUUACGUAGUGAAAAAUCAAAGCACAACUCUAAAUGGCACUAUUUCCAGCAACCUUCUUAAUCAGCUGUCAGCUGAGCUGGUGGGUUUCUACCUCACCUACCCACCUCUCACCAUUGCUGAGUCUUUGGAGUAUCCAAACCUUGAUGUCUCGGAAUCAACUAGAGACUACUGGGUGAUAACAGUCAUCCAAGGGGUUGAUAUUGCUUUGCUGGGGCUGAACAACCAGAGCUUUGCCAGACUGAUGGAGCAGCGCUUGGCCCCGCUGUUCAUGAUGUCCCACCAGCAGGGAAGGCGGUUCAGACGUGCCACUACCGUGGGCAGCUACACCGUGCAGAUGGUAAAAAUUCAACGUAUUCCAGGACCCAAGGAGCCAGCUGAACUAACAUAUUACACUUUAUACAACGGGAAGCCUUUGCUGGGCACUGCAGCUGCCAAAAUUUUGAGUACAGUUGACUCCCAGAGGAUGGCCCUGACCCUGGGCUACGUCAUCCAAGUCCAAGCUGAUCCUGUGGUGAAGAACCCCCCAAACAACCUGUGGAUCAUCGCAGCCGUGCUGGCUCCCAUCGCUGUGGUCACCGUCAUCAUCAUCAUCAUCACCGCCGUGCUGUGCAGGAAGAACAAGAACGACUUCAAACCAGACACCAUGAUGAACCUGCCUCAGAGAGCCAAGCCAGUACAAGGCUUUGACUAUGCCAAGCAACACUUGGGCCAGCAGGGAGCAGAGGAUGAGGUUUUACCUGUGACUCAGGAGACUGUCAUCCUUCCACUUCCAGUCAGAGAUGCUCCUGCCUCCCAGGAGAGAGAAACUACCCAGGAUGGGAGCACCAUCAAAACUGCCAAAUCCAACGAAACAAGGAAAAGCCGGUCCCCGAGCCAGAACGGCUCCAUCCUCAGCAAUGGGUCGGGAAAGCCCAGCUCUGGCCGGAGCUCGCUGCAGAAAGUGAUGGCACCGCAGAAAGCGGCGAAAGACGAGGGGAGGAAGAGGAACGUGGCCGUGAGUGAUGAAGAGGAAGGAGGGAUUCUCUUUGAUAACAUCGCCAAGUCUGCCAUCGACCCCUUCGACACCUCCUCGGGCUCGGUGCAGCUCAUCGCCAUCAAACCCGUGGCUCUCCCUGCUGUCCACGCUGCUUCAGAGAGGAGCCAGGACUCUGCCAUCAUCAAUGGGGAGGUGAACAAGGCUUUGAAGCAGAAGUCUGAUAUAGAGCACUACCGCAACAAGCUGCGCCUGAAAGCCAAGAGGAAAGGCUACUAUGAUUUCCCACAGGUUGAUAAUAGCAAGGCGCUGACAGACAGGAAAAGGAUGUAUGAGAAAAACCAGAAAGAGCUUGACCACAUUUUGGAUCCAGAUGCAGAUGUCUCAUCUCCAUUUGCUGAGCCUAAGAACAGGCAGCCACUGAAGAACUCGGUGUACAGGAGCAGGCAGUCCCUGAACAGUCCCAGCCCAGGGGAAACUGAGAUGGAUCUUCUGGUGACUCGAGAAAGGCCCAGACGUGGCAUCAGGAACAGUGGAUACGAUACCGAGCCUGAAAUUAUAGAAGAAACAAACGUUGACCGCGUCAACGAGCCGCGGAACUACGGCCGGGCGCGGCAGGCCAAGGGCCACUCGGAGACGUCGACGCUGAGCUCGCAGCCGUCCAUCGACGAGGUGCGGCAGCAGAUGCACAUGCUGCUGGAGGAGGCCUUCAGCCUGGCCUCUGCUGGCCACGGGGGCCAGCCCCGGCAGGACGCCUACGGCUCGGCCCCACACCUGCCCUACAGCGAGGUGGUGACCAGCGCCCCGGGCACCAUGAGCCGGCCGCGGGCGGGCGUGCAGUGGGUGCCAACCUACAGGCCAGAAAUGUACCAGUACAGCUUGCCAAGGCCCGCUUAUAGAUUUUCUCAGCUUCCUGAGAUGGUAAUGGGCUCUCCUCCCCCUCCUGUCCCUCCCAGAACGGGUCCUGUGGCUGUUGCUUCUCUCAGGAGGUCCACGUCAGAUAUCGGCAGCAAAGUGAGAAUACCUGAGUCCAGUGGAGCAGAGCAGGCCCAGCACCACGAUCAGACGCCUUUCGCGCCGGGUUCGAGAGCUCCCAUGUCUGUUGGGCCGCUCGAUCAAUCGGCUUUUCACUCAGGAAAUACGGUACCAGCAGUGUUUGCCAUUCCAGCCAACAGACCUGGCUUCACUGGCUAUUUCAUCCCAACUCCUCCCACUGCCUACAGGAACCAAGCCUGGAUGCCCUAUGCUGGAGAGAAUGAGUUGCCAGGGCAGUGGGCAGACUCUGUCCCGCUUCCCGGCUACAUCGAGGCGUACCCGAGGCCCCGCUACCAGCACAGCUCCCCGUCCCGCCUGCCCCGGCAGUACAGCCAGCAGGGCAGCCUGCACCCCAGCCUGGAGCAGGCUCCCCUGGCCUCCGCCGCCGCCUCCCAGCAGAGCCUGGCCGACAACGAGCCCUCCGACGCGCCGCUCACCAACAUCUCCACGGCCGCCCUCGUCAAGGCAAUAAGGGAAGAAGUGGCCAAGCUGGCCAAGAAGCAAACAGAUAUGUUUGAGUUUCAGGUGUAAUGUAUCUCCUGUGCACAGUGUUUGUAUCUUGCGACCUGGGGUAGCCAAGAAAGAGACUCCUUUAAUUUUCAGCUACAAUUGUGCCAAAGCGAUGGCAUUUUAAUCUGUCUGAAAAGUCAACGCUACAAAAUGACUUCAAGCAGAGCAACAGGACUCUGAAGAUGUGAAAUUUCUGCUUUCCAGCUAAGGAAAAGCUGCCAGAAAACUGUUUCAUACUGCUGAGAUCAGCCAUAUGCAAUUGUUUGUCACUUCGCUCUGGUAUUAUGACCCAUCAUCACUAAGAUGCUGCUGAACGUGUCUGCGCCACAAGAAGUUUCAUUUGCAGGCCCAGAGGUAAAGCUGCUGAAAAUAACUUCUGCAUGCCAAAACUUUGAUUCAAGAAGAAAAAAAACCUGCAGAACAGGGUUUGCUGAAGGCCAUGACUGGCGUGGCAGUGGCCACGUUAAUUGUUUGCUGUGGGACAUUGUGUAAGGGGUGCUGAUUUCAGCAAUGCAGAGUCAUUUCAGCCUUUUCAUCCCAGAGACUGUAUUCAAACCAAAAGAAAUCAACAUGAUUAAGUAAUACAAAUAAAAGUCCUGUAAAUAGCUCUGAGUCUCUUCAUCCUAUUCACAGUACAAAGAAGUGAGAGAAGAGGGGACUGUGAAGAGGGUGAAUGACAUUUCAAUAAUUGGUGGAUACCUUGUCCCUCAGUGCUGCUGCUGAGUUACGGAGGAGAUUUUUAUUUUCAGCGUGAGAGAACACAAUGCAUGAAGAGCCAGCAAAGGAUAUUGGUGCUAAAAGCUUCCAAGAGCAAUGAAAAAAGGUUAUUCGUGUUCGCUCUAUAAUGGGGCUUUUCACUCUGAAUGCAUGUGAAGCUGGUAAACCUGAGACCUUUAAAUCCUUGCAGCCUGGAAAAAUGAAUACACCUGCUUGGACAAGGAAACCUCUGCUCAACACAGUGCUUUUUUUUUUUUCUCUUUCUUUAACAAUGCUAUCUACUAAAGUGGUGCCAGAAAGUGCUCCCUGAAGCUGCAGCUGAUUUUGAUUACGCUGGCACGGUGAAUGCGCACCCGGGAAGUUCUGAAUGUAGAGGACCUGAUUCCUAUAUUAACAUGUAAAUAAGUUAACAGUUAACAAAAAUACUAAUGUUCUGUGAAAAAAGAGAGCAUUGCCAGAAAUGAUGUUGACUUUAUAUUGUGCAAGAUAAAGGUCACUGAUUGUUAGCACUGCGUUGUGGUAGGGAUCCAACCCCAAAAGAAAACCAAACCACUUGGAUGGGACAGUAGUUAAUAUUUUGCAGUCGUACAAACUAGUUGGAGAUCAUGAACAAUUGUUUUCAGUUCCUUCAGCCAUUAGCUUCAGGAACUGAAGUUGUUGCAAAAUUUGUUGUGUUGGGCGUGUUUGAUGUCAGCUGGAGUUAAAGGUAAUGUCCUUCAUUUCAGUGGGUUAUUUAGUUAUCCUCGAUUACUGUUUUGUCUGAUCAUUUCAUUUCCCUGAGUUUCUUUGGUCUUAACUGAUGUGAGAAAGGGAACUUGGUUUAGCUUUUUUGGCCAUCAGUAAAUUGAGAGAAGGAGAGAGAAGACUAGACUAGGGGAUAGAAGAAGCAAUUGAUGAAGCACAAACUUUUAAAGCAGAGCUAUUUUCCCCCCUAAUAAUUACAUUACAAACCCUGACUGAGACUGUGAUGCGUAAUUAUCCUAGAAUAUACAGACAUCUUCUGCUCCAAUACCUUGAAUAUUGCAGAAGCGUUUGGAAUGCUAGUUAAUCUUUCAAUAAAUGUGAAAUUUCGUUUUUAUUAUUUAAAAUCAGAUAUAAAUAAAAUGUAUUUUUGUAAUUUCUAUGUAUAUAUGUGCUGUAUAUUUAUAUAAGUGAUUAGUCUGCUAUAGUCAGAAAAUUUCCAUAAACUAAGUGGAAAAAGUAAAAAAAAGAAAGGAAGAAAAAAACCCCUGGUGAUUUUACUGAUCAAUAUAAACCUGCUAUGUCUGGAGUACACAAAUAUACAAUUGAGUGACUUGGAUACUAAACAACCAAAGAAACUCAAUUUUUCAUAUAAAUACAAGUCUAGUAAAGGCUGGCUGCUGUCUCGGUUUCCUGCCAGCCAGAUAAUACUGAUAUUAUCAGUGUAAUACAACACAGCCAAAUUGGGUCGAAUUAUUAGCUGGCUAAGAGCACCAAAAUUUAGAAUAACAACUGAAAAAUACUGGGCCAAACUCAGAAAGGAAAUCCUGGUUCUGGUGGGCUUCAGUGGGAAUUUCCUUCACUGAGAGCAAGGCUGAGUUUCUCUACUGGGCUUUGUCUAUAAAAGCAAAUUUCACUAGACCCCCUUGAGCAGAAUUCUGAUUAUUUUGCAGUCAUUUGGAUCACUGUAACACAAAUGCAGACAUAAUGGAAGAGCAGCUGAGUUUUAUUUAGCCUGAGCUGGCUUGACCUAACCUGGGAAGCGAAACCUACACCAGGUGGUGUCAGCCACGUUCUGCAUCAGCUUCAUCAUCUCUGUUUUUCAAUGAUUCUUCUCUGUAGCCCAGUGAAAUUUUGCAGGUAAAUGGGCCCUUCUAAGCAGUAGGGGUGAAAUGUGCUGUGCAAUGAAUUUCUCUAGUUUAGACUCCAGUUUUUCAGAGUUAUCCUGAGGAUGAAAUUAUGGAAGCAGCCAGGAUCCCGUGGAUGGGCACGCUGAAGCCAUAGAGGUGGGAAGGGUAAUGUAGCAAUGGAUUCCCAGAAAAGUCACAGGAAGCAGGGCAUUCCAGUUUCAAACAGCAUCUUUUGGACACUGAACUCUGUUUUUAAGUCUGUUCCCAUUCUUAAAUUUUAGCAAUUGAAUGGUUCCAUUGAAAAAUGUGUGAGGGUAAAGUCUCAUAUAUCUUACACGAUGAAUCUUGUAUCUUGUCAUACUGGAAAAGAAAAAUACAGAGAUGUCCAGGAUUGGAUGUCUGUAGAAAACAGAAAACCCACAAACAAAAGCAUUUAAAUAACCUUCUAGAAAGAAAAACCAUUUCAGUAAAGUUAAACAAAGUACUCUUCAUACUUCUGAGGAAGACCUGUUAGAGUUUCCAAAUUAAUUUUGUUUGGUAUUACUAUGGAUGAUGUGCAGUCCAUUGAAUAUUUCCUGAACCAUCACUCUGAAGCCAUUGUGGUGCACUUUAUUCAGAAAACCAUCUUACAUUCUUCAUUCAUGAUGACUUUUUAUCCUGUUUGUAAUAUGUUUCUGUAUUUUUUUUUUUUUAAAGUAUAAAGCAAGCUUAUAUCAAGACAGUUAGGACAUUCCUGGGAAAGAAAAAUCAUGCUGUAAUAUUUAUACUGUCUGAGCACAAAGCAAUGGUAAAGUGAAAAUAUAGUGUACAAAUAAUUUGUAAUAUAAUAAACAUUUUGUAUGGCUACAAUUACAAUAUAGUUUUUCAAUACUGAUUUCAAAGAAGGAAUUAUUUGUGUUAUGUAAGUUUUAACCUCGUCCAGAUAUACCCAUGCCAUUUUUACUGAGAAAUAAUUAGUAAUUUAGCUUUUUCUACUCAAUGCCCCAAUUUUCUUUAAAGAUGUAUUAAAUGUUUAGGUGAAAGUGCUGUAAUACUCUGUACACAAAAUGCUGAUAUUCUGACCUCUAUCUGUCUUCAUAUUUGUAAAUCAUCAGUAGAAACAAAUGAAACAACAUAAAAUUCCUUCUUGGAAGGUGUGCACUGACCACUUUCAGCUGGAAAACUACAUGUGACAUUUAUCAGCAUCAGUAGGACAGUAACUUUAAAAGGAUGGAAAGGGAACUUGUUGGCAGUCAUUUCCUGACUUGUUGGCAGUCAUUUCUUGACAUAAUAUCUGUAUUGAACCUCCAGCACUCAGUCUAGAAAUAUGAGUAAUAUUUGUAUGUCAUAAUAUAAUGGGUAGAACUUGAUAGAAGUGCAUGCAAACCCUAUAUAUAGAAAUGAGGAUAUUAUCUUAAGCAAUGAUCAUUUCUUUUUCAGACUCACUUUGAAAGAUGAGACACAUAAGAAGCAUAAGAUCAAAGUGAGAGGCAGGUAGAAAAUGCAACAUUGUGCUGAGUGGCAGAAUUAUUUUGUUUAAGGGUUGAUAUACACCCAGCUGACCACAGUUCUUGUUACAUUUCCAGAUAUCUGACUGUUAAAGAAUUAAUCUCAUUUUUAAUUUAUGUUUUUUUUAGCCCUGUACUGCCAAUGUAAGAGCUGACUGCCAGCUUCUUGAAGUCUGAGGGAGCUUGAAAGCAGCAAGUUUUCUGAGCUGGCAGAAGUCAUUGCACUUUUCUGCCCCUGUUCAUCCUGUGCACAUCCCAGCAGCUCCAAACACUGUGUAAAACCACUUAUUGUCCUGGUCUUGCAUUUCUUCUACAUUAACAAACCCCAGGGGCUUCCCAGCCCUCACUGAUGUGAAAUGGCAGAGGGAUCUUGCAUCUCACUCAUACCUACUAGAAAAUGCUUAUGUUUGGCAGCUUUCCCUUCAUGGGUUAAUUUUUAACUCCAGGAAUGAGUAACAGAUUUAUUCUUUGUUUAUCAAAAAUAAUUCAAAAUUUUUUUUUUGGUUUUUUUUCCACUUUUAAGGAUAGUUCUCCUUGAGAUUUUUUUUUUUUUUUUAACUUUUGCCUUUCUCUCAGAAUAAUGCAGAAACUCAGCUUGUGGAAGUGAGAUUUAUAUAUAGGUCAGUAAAGAAAUUGCAUACUGAAUUGCUCAUUAAAAAUCUCACAAGAUGCUCAAGUCAUAAAGGCAAAGCUGAUCAAUUCUGCAGAAUCUCUACUGAGAACAACUGCAUUGCACAAGGUGGUUUAGGUCCUGAUUUUAAAAAUAGUUGAAAUGUCCCCAAAUCAUAUAAUAUUUCAUGCUUUUAAACUCACCUUAAGACCAUAUUUUUAUGAAUAUUAUAUCAUAUUCAUGUGUAUUUGUGUGUGUGUGUGUGUGUGUGAAAAAAUAUUUUUUCAGCAUUGGUUCUAUUUGUCCAUCAAUUUGUCCCCAUUCAUUUCAGGUUCCUUAAGGGGUACAGAGACAGUAAUGAAGAGAAAUCUCAGAGUUGUUCUGUUGUGAAGCUCAUGAAAGAUGAGAAAUGGGCUUUAAAUAGUUAAGUGGUCAAGUGUAUAGAGGAUGUAUUGAAAAUAAUUACAAAUAUUAUGAAGAGGUGCUUCGGGAAUUUGAUUUAUUUUCUUUUUUUUUUUUUUGCAUUUUUAAAAAUUAAUUCUGGUUUUAAGAAGUCUGACUGAAUGAAUUUUUCACACUGGAUUCAUACCCAAGGAGUAAGUUGUUACUAUAUUGCAUUCUGUAAAUAACUUUGCAACUUUAUAAAGGCACAUUUACCUUACUGGGCAGCAAUGGCUGUAAAUGACAAAGAAAGGUGAUUCCACUUCAUUUAUUCCACAAUAUUUAGAGAGCAGAUGAAUUUCUCUUCCAAAAUAUUCCCUCCUCACUGGAGCCCAGAACAUUUCUGUGCUGUGCAAACCAGUCUAAACACCAUAAAAAACAGAGGCAUCUUUUAAAAAUCUUUUAAAGUUAAUGUCUUGUGGAUCUGGCAAGGAGAUCUGGAUGUAAGUAAGCUUGAAGUUUAUUUUUUAUCCCUGUCUUUACCUAAUUCUCCCCAUGCUGUGAUGAGGAAAAAAAACCAAACACUUUCUCCUACACCAAACAAAUUUUACUAUUUCUCUCUAUGACAAAGAGACUAGGAAGGAUUUUUCAUUUCAUCUUGGUGUUGACUUCUGCAAGCUGUAUUCAAGGUCUUACUUGAUAGAAAAAAGACAUGAGAGCAAAGCCAAGAAUUUUGGAAAAUAUGAUGGAACCCAUCUUGCCAAGGCUUAAAUUUUGAUGCAGGAUUUAGCAACCCAAGAGAAACAGCUGGGGCCCAAAAAAAUGAUCAGUUCUUGGCAGUUCUUUGGGUUUCAUCAGAAAGCAUGUUUGUCCAGCACAGAUAUUCCUAUGCUUUUUGACUUUUUAUUUUCAUUUAAUGUCUUUCCUGCCAUCCUUUUACAUUCUGAACCUGAGUUUUACAUCGUGUAGGCCAAGAAGUGCACUCUUUACCCCUCUGACAGGCUGCUGGUGUGACAGAACCAACACAAAACAGCAUUUUUAAAUAGCCAUGGCAUUGCCACCUUGUGCUUUGUGUGUUCUCCUGUUAGUGCUAAGGCAAAACUAUGAAAAUGUAGGUAACAUUUUCCAUUGAAAAAUGAAAUUUAGGUAACAUUUUCCAUUGAAAAAUGAAAUUUAGGUAACAUUUUCCACUGAAAUUACUGGCAAAUUAAAAACCUGCUGCCUUCAAGGAGAUCAGGACUGGGCCAGUAACCCCCCAGUAAAUUAUCCAUCACAAGUGUCUUAAAACUGUGCCAAGAGAGGAAGGAUGCUGUCUGGUUAUGAGUGGCUGGAAUUUGGGAGAUGGAAGGUCAAUUUGCUCUUCUUCAGGAUUUUGGGUUGGUCUGAAAUGUGGCUGUGCCUCAGUGUCCCACCUGUAGGGCAGGGUGGAGGGACUGUCCACCUUUCCUUUGUCCUCAGUGCCCUGCUGAACCACAAACCCUGGACUGCAGUGGACACUUUUUAUCCAUUACUUCAUGGAGCUUUGGGAAUUGUUCAGGACUAAAUAUUACCUGUUCCUAUGGUAGCAUCUUAAUAUUUGUGAAUGCACAAGUUAAAAAAAAUACACCUCUUGAUAAUCUCUCAGUAUGUUCUAGGAAGCCUUUCCAAUAACAGCCUCGACAUUUUUUUUACAGAGAUUUACAGAAUUUGUAUCAAUAAAACCGUUCUCACUUCCCAGGCAACAGAUCUCACUUUCCAAGGAAAUGAACUUUUCUUACAUCUUUGAAUUAUGGAAAGGACUAGCUCUGCAUGAUUACAAAUAUCCAUGUUAUCUUUGGUGUUCACAGCUUGAUUCAACUGAAUUGUAAUGGCUGUGUCUGUGAAACUUGCUCAAAAUUUAUGAGUGUUUCAGCUGUAAGUGGGAAAAUUAAUUUUCUGAAGCUGCAAAAUUGAGAGAAAAUUUAAAGCCGAGUCUAGGGAUUAAUUCAGAGAAUAAGAAAAUAAACAAUUAAAAUUCUAUACUAUGCAAUCAGAAGGAAAAUCUCCAAGACCUGUUAUGUAAAACUACAUGCUGAUGGUAGAAUUUUACAUAUGACUGAAAAGGAGGGAUUUAAAAUGUUCUGGGUCAUUACCAAAUUACAAUGUUUUUACUCUGAGCCAUAGGGUGAUUCUAGAAAUAAAGCUUACAAGUACAUAGAAUAGUUCCUUUCAUGUUAGUGGCUAUAGCUUAGCUGAAGUUGUACACGUGUUUUCCUUGGCAAUUUUGCACAUGAAAUAAAAUAUGUCUUAAAAUCUGUGUUGCUACUUA